AUGCUUGGAUCCUCAAAUUGGGUGGGAGAGAAUGGCAUCACAGACCUGAAGGCCAAUGCCCUGAGAUCAGUUCCAAAGAUUGAGAGUAUCAACCUGGAACGAAAUGCCAUCAAGUCCAUCCAUCCCCAGGCUUUCUCUGGUGCAAAGCAGCUGAUGCUCCUCAAUCUUUACGGCAACCACAUCACCAACCUUCCACCGAGGGGAUUCCAGGACCUCCUGAACCUUCGCUUCCUCAUGCUGGGACAAAACCAGAUUGGCAUACUCAAACCUGAGAUGUUCGCCGGCAUGAGGAACCUGUCAGAUCUGGAUCUUCCUCUCAACGCGCUGACAAUGCUCCCACCUAAUGCCUUUAAGCCUUUGAUUGCUCUCAAAGUUUUAGAUCUUUCCCUGAAUCGCAUCCAGAGGAUCGCUCCUAAGGCCUUCAGUGGACUCAGACAGCUCCUGUUCCUCAACUUAGACAACAACAGUGUGAAAACUAUUUCUGCUGGAGCAUUCAAGCCAUUGCGAUCUCUGGAGAUGCUGGUUCUAGACAACAACCUUAUGUCCACACUGAGCUCAUCAGCGUUGGAUGGCCUGGUCAGCUUGCAGGAACUCUACCUGAGGAACAACGAGCUGGAUCACCUGCCACCUGAUGUGUUCAGUAACAUGCCCAAGCUUUCUCAGCUGGCUCUCAGUGGAAACCGCCUCAAGACAGUGGAUGGAAACAUGUUGGCCCAUAUGCCUGAAUUGAAGAAGUUGUACCUCCAUGACAACCCUUGGCAGUGUGACUGUAACAUCAGCUCCUUGGUGCAGUGGAUGGGACAGACCAAGGUCACCCUGUCACCUCGGGAUUCCCUGAAGUGUGUGAGUCCUCCGGAGCUUCGAAACAAGAGCCUAGGCAGCCUCCAAACCUCCAAGCUGCUCUGCCACACCUAACGCCAGCAAACCUGGAUGAAGACUACAGCGUGGGCUUGGGCCCAUGGAGAUCAGAACUUUUAUUCAAAAAGAUUUUUUACUCUGUAGACUGUGCUAGUGUUUGUAGAGUGCACUUGUUUCUUUCUCAAAGCUGCAAUGCAAUCAAUAUAUAGAACAUAUUUAUGUUUUCAGCUCAAAAUCCUGCAUAAAAUAUCACCUUUUAGAAACUUUGGCUUGAUACCAUGUACUUUUGAGUUUAAAACCAAACGCAUGAAGACCUUUUAAACUGCAGUUAAAAAAUGAAACUGGAUUUAUGAGGUUUUUAAUUCAACAGAGAGGCUGUGUAUUACAUCGUUGUAUUCUCCACCAGCAAAGAACAAGUGUUGUCUCUUAUCUCCAAAUUCAACACUGAGAUUAAUAUUAUAAUCUUAUAUUGGUUGUCGUAGAGUGGCUAUGCAGGUCUGGAAAGUGACGGAUUACAUGCAAUGGGAUUACAUUAAUCCGAUUUCAGGAAAUGGUUUCUGUAAUCUUUAAUAGUUAAUGUAAAAAAAUAAAGGCAUUUGGAUUGUGAGAUGACAGACACAGCCAGGAUUCUGCACAGCUAAAACUGAGAGUGAAGAUAGCUGUAGAUAAAUGUAAAUUUAUUUAAAUUGUAAUCUCUAAAUUAGAUAAACGUAAAAUAAGGAAGAUGAUCAAGAGUGAUGUUACAGUGUUUAAGCAUUCCAGUGUAUUAUGCUGCCAAUUACAACUUCAGCCAGGCCAGCAGUGACACACUACAUGGCCAGAAGUGUGUGGACACCCAAACAUUACACCCAUGCCAUAUGUGAUUGUUGAACAUGUCAUUACAAAACCAUGGGCAUUAAUCUGCUGCUUUAACAGUUUACAGUCUUCCAGUUUCAGGCUUUCCACCUGAUUUUGGAACUUGGCUGUAGGGAUUUGCUCCCAUUGAGCUACAAGAGUGUUAAUUACUGAUGUUGAGCGAUAAGGCCUGGCUUGCAGUUGGUGUUGGAUGAGGUUUUAGUUAGGAUUCCGUGCAGGCUUGUCAAGUUCUUCCACACUACACUGGGAAAACAAUGGCUUUGUGCGUGGGUGCAUUGUCAAGUGAAACAGGUAAGGGCCAAACACAAACUUCCCCACAAUAUAUGUAUGUUGUCAUUAGAUUAAAGUUUAGCUAUUAGCCACUCACAGCACUUGGAUGACGUCAGAAAAAGAUGGUGAUCUUUUAUUUAAUGAUGAAAAAGUCAAUGGUUACUCAAAGCAUCUACCAUAUUGUAUUUCCUGUACUGACAUGUGAUCUAACCACAUGUGGGACUAUGCUUUGUACAAAACUUCAAAAUUAGUGAUGAACAUAAAGCAAUGGUGCUGAAAAUGGCUCACUGUUUCGAAGUAUUUGAUACAGUCAAAAUGUCGACUUCUGCUAGGCAACUUUUGGCAUUGCAUUUGUAUG